AUGGUCAAGCUCACUUACACCGGCACUGUGUUGCUCUGGUAUCAAGCAGCCUUGUCCGCCGCCCUCGCGGUGAGGGACAACGGUCGCCCUACCGCGACAAUCGACUCGGGUAUCCUCGUCGGCGCGUCUGUAUCGGAGCCGACAGUGUCCUCGACCGUCAACCAGUUUCUCGGCAUCCCUUAUGCAAAGCCGCCGACAAGAUGGAAGCUGCCCGAGAAGCCGGACAGCUGGCAAGACGCGCGCGAUGCUAGCCAAUUCGGCAAUGCCUGUUAUCAACAGCUACUUUCAGGUGCAAAGAACGCAGAACUCCUCAAGAAAUAUUUCAACACGCCUCCAGCCUCGGUCCCCGACAGUGAAGACUGCUUAUAUCUGAACGUAUUUGCGCCCGAGGCCGCACACCCUGGCUCCAAUAAACCUGUCAUGUUCUGGAUUCAUGGCGGCACCGAUGCAUCCGGUACUGCGGCACUUCCUCAAUAUGAUGGUACAAAUUUGGCUGGGAAUCAAGACGUGAUAGUCGUCACUAUCAAUUACCGCCUGAACCUGUUUGGCUUUCCUACCUCUCCCGACAUUCCGCCAGCAGAACGAAAUCUCGGUUUACAUGAUCAACGUUUGGCACUUGACUGGGUCCAGCGUAAUAUCCGGUCUUUCGGUGGUGAUCCUAAUCGGGUCACCCUCUUUGGACAGAGCUCAGGGGCCAGAAGCGUGGAUAAUCUUAUAACGGCGCCCCCCAAUCCAGUACCUUUUGCGGCUGCUAUUUUGCAGUCCACUGAGCCAGAACUCUCCACGGCCGACCGGGAUAAGGAAAAGGCCGCGUGGGACACGCUACUCUCUGACGCCGACUGCAAAUCUGCGGCCGACAAACUCGCAUGCCUGCGCGAGAUCCCAGCAUCAGCCUUGAUCGACAUUGCCGAAGCCAAAGGUCUCAGCUUCACUGCUUCCCCUGAUGGCGGUGUGACGUUUGCCAACUCCAUGCCCGGAAAACGUGCCGCAUCCUUCAUCGAUCGCAAGGCCAUCGCUCGCGUGCCCCUCUUGAUUGGCUCCAAUGCCGACGAGGCAUCGCCGUUUUUGACCGGCGGUGUGACGCUCGAUGACAUAAUGGCUGGAUUUCUCGGAGCCACGACAGCCAGACUGUUCCUUGCAACUUUUCGUCCCAGAUACAAAGGCUUUCCCAGCCCGCAAAAGCGCGACGAGACGCUCAUCACCGACUUCAUCUACACCUGCCCGACAGCCCGACUUGCCGGCGAUUCCAAAUUUGUCAGGAUUCCGACGUGGCGCUACUUUUACAACGCGAGCUUCGCCAACACGGAGCUCUUUCCCGGCAGCGGCGCCUAUCACUCGGCCGAGAUACGGCCCAUCUUUGCAUUCUAUCCCGAAGAGAGUGCCACGCCCUUUGAAAAGGACAACUCGCGAGUGAUCCAAAAAGCAUGGGCUAAUUUCGCUAGAAAUCCGGCCGCGGGACCUGGCUGGGAUUCGGCGCCUUCGGUGCAGCUGCUGGGCGGCGGUGCGACCCCGGGAGAGAAUGAUCAAAACCGCGUCGUGUCGGCGACGGUUGAGGCCAACGUGGUGGAUUCCCGCUGCGGCCUGUACAAGUCUAUUUAUGACGCUAUACAAACAUCGGGGAUCAUGAGGGAUGCUGUUGAUACGGCUAUUAGGCAAAGUCGCGAAUAG